CUGUCCACUCUCUGGCUGCGCGAUGCCUGCCCCUGCCCACAAUGCGUCGACCCAGACUCAGGGCAGAAGAACUUUUCAACCACCGAUCUGCCGGACAACCCAAAAAUAAAAUAUGCGCAGCUCAAUGCCGACGGCUCUCUGACCCUCGAAUGGCCUAACGACAAGCUAAGCGGCGGCAAGAACCACAUCUCGACCUUCCCGGCCGAUGAGGUCCAGUCGUGGGCUGUGCACGAGCAGGCGAGGGGUUCCGUAGUGCCCAACGAGCCAGGCUGCCGGUUACUCUGGGAUAGAACGACGUACGAGUCAUUGCUCAACGACGGGCGCUGCAGCUUGAGUUACGAUUUCUGGAUGAACAGCGAUGAGGCCUUUUGGCGCGUCUUCUCGGACUUGGUUGAAACGGGGCUGAUCUUCAUCUACGACGUGCCUGACCGCGAGCAGGAGGUUGAGCGCAUCGCACGGCGGAUCGGAAUCCUGAUGCACACCUUCUACGGCCACACGUGGGACGUCAAGUCCAAACCCAAGGCCGAAAACGUUGCCUACACGAGCGCGUUCCUCGGCCUGCACCAGGACCUCUUGUACUACGACCCUGUGCCCAAGCUACAGUUGCUGCAUUGUCUUGCCAACAGCUGCGAAGGCGGCGAGUCCCUCUUCAGCAAUGGCAUCCGCGCCGCAUACGAGGUGAAGCUCACCAAUAGUCUCCACUACGACGUCCUCACACGCCACCAGAACCCAUUCUACUACCAGAAGGGAGAACAUCACUACUUCCACCGCCACCCCACGAUAGGUGGUGCCGCAAAGGACAUGUAUCCGAGAUCGGUAUAUUGGGCGCCGCCUUUCCAGACAACCUUUGGCCGAUUCGAUCCCCAACUCGGGAGGUGGAAGGCGGCGGCGACGCGCUUCCAGCAGAUCGUUGAGUCCCCGCGGAACAUGGUUGAGAUGAAGCUGAAACCUGGCGUGUGCGUCAUCUUCGACAAUCGACGGAUCCUGCACGGGAGGCGCCAGUUCGCCGCCGACACGGGCAGCAGGUGGCUCCAGGGGUGCUAUAUAUCACCACAGGUCUACCUUGCCAAAGUGACUGAGAUGUUGGCCCGCGAGGGGCGGCUU